AUGGAUGAGUACAAUCAAGGUUUCUAUGCUGCCCCGCCGGAGCAUUAUGCUCCUCAGGACCUGCAGCACAAUCCUUUUGCCGCCAUGCUGCCUCCCGACUACGGUGGCCCGGACAUGGAUGCAUACCCUCCGCAUGCAUCCGAGGCCCAGUACACCUCUGAGCAUGGCUACUAUGGUCAAGGUCCCAUUGUCCACGAAGGUUUCAUCCCGGCCAUGGAAGACGUCCAGUACCAGGGCAACGAGCAGAACAACUCCAGCUAUUCCACCCCGUGGACUACCCAUCAGGAGGAUGACAUAUUGGACACGGAUGACGAUAUGAUGAUGAAUGAAGAACUCGUCCUCAACGGCGAAAUCCCAGGCCUUCACGACCCUACGCUUGAUCCCGACUUCUCUGGUUCCGACGAAAGUGUUAAUCCCGGUGGCGUCUCGGAUGAGGACCUGGAUUCUGACUUUGAUAUUGAUGAGGCCCCAAGGGGCCGUGGUCGUGGACGAGGCCGCGGCCGCGGCAGAGGCCGUGCUGCAAGAGGAUCCCGUGGUCGCGGUCGCGGCCGGGGUCGCGGCCGGGGUCGACCUGGCGUUGAUGACGGAGAAGGAAGGCCGCGUGGCGCUCCACGAGCCAGAAGGAGACCUCGUGAGGCGAAAGAUCCAGGUCCGGAGUUCAAGGACACUCUCACAAAGGCAACUCAAGCCUGGCUCAAAGAGGACCUUGAAACCGCCAUGAAGCAUGCCGGUGAUGCCAUAAAGAUUAACCCAGAGGUCUUCGCCUCUUACAAUCUUCUUUCCGAGAUUCUCUACGCCAAAGAACAAUACGAAGAAUCCGUACACGUGCUUUCCAUGGGUGCGGUCCUCCAGCGCGAUGUUAAUUUGUGGCACAGGAUCGCCACAAGGGUUCUUGAUCUCGAGGGCGACGAGAGAGCUCGCUUGGAAUGGGCUCAUCGAUGUUACAGCCAGGCCAUUCGUAUCGACCCCAACGACUGGGAGGCUCGCUGCCAAAGGCUCGAUUUCCAACUCAGAUUCGACCACAAGGGCCAAGCCAAGUCGGAGUUGGAAAUGAUGCUGAAAAUUGAGGGCCACGAAUAUGAUCUGGACCGCAUCCAGCAGCUAGCUGAACUGUGCGCUGUCACCCAAGAGCCCGACCGAGCUGUGGAGCCUUUCGAGAAAGCCAUCGAAUAUCACAUGAGAUUCCAGAAGGAUGACUACAGCCAGCUUGACUGGCAGAUCCUUAAUAGUUAUCUGGAGUUGAUGCAAUCUCUGAAAAGGUAUGACAGCGCUAUACCUCGCCUUCGGUCAGGUGCAAGAUGGAUCCUCGGUCGGCAGAGUGAGAGCUUUUGGGAUGACCAACUAGAUGACCGUGAGUGGGAUCUUGAAGAUCACCCGCGAAGGACUCAAGUUCAAGACUUUGUUCCUGGUAAACAUGAGAAGUCUGCCUAUGGCGCUGGUCUGCCACUCGAGAUUAGAGUCAAGUUGGGUAUGUUCCGCCUACAUCUGGGUCCGGCACAUCUCGGUGAAGCUAUAGCGCAUUUCGAACAGCUAGAGCCAGAAGAUGAGUCAGAAAUGGCUGCCGUCUUCGACUUUGAUGAUCUAUUCAGAGAAGUUGCGGACGCGUUGACCAUGUCAGGGAAUCAUGCCCAAGCCCUGCGCUAUUACAAUGCUCUACGGCGGGUACCAGAUGUGCCACAAACCGCAUUGUACAUCUCCAUUGCGGCUUGCCACUGGGCACUUAAGAACGAUAUAGAAGCCGAGCGAUCCAUUAAUGCAGCCCUCGACGCAGCUGGGUCAGAUCUUUCGGGCCGCGUCCAGGUCGCACGUUUCUUCCAGGAGUGGGGCAUGAUGCAAAGAUGCAAUGAAGUUGCCCAGGAUGUCAUUGCAAAGGGUGGCGUUGACCUCGUCAGGAAGGCUAAGCUCAAUGUCCAGCUACCCACACAGAGACCUACACAAGCAAAGGAUUAUGUGAAGAAGCCGGCCCCAGUCAAAGCGCCAAGGCCUCUUAGGCCAACAGUCUUGCGUGAACUUGCCCCGAAACCGACAACUCUCCAAUCUUUUGAACCCAAAAAGCCUCCAGCCAGGCCGAAAGAGGCAAAGGAGGCCAAAGAGCAUAAGUCGAGGCGCCGGCUUCGUGGGCUUCUGGAUUCGGAGAAAGAGAAGCUUGAGGGAGCCCAACAGCGCGACAGAGCAAUCAGGGAGAUGUAUCAAGAACUCAAAAACAUCGAGGAUCUUGUGGAUGAGGGCGAUGAAGAAUCUACAGAGACGUACAUGGAAUUCGCCGGUCAAAUGGUCGACGAGUUUCGGAGGAUGGAGGCUUUUUACCCGAGGAGAGACAAGCACGUCAAGUUUGUGGGGUAUAUCGGCCGAAAAGGCAGCCAUUUCCGGAUGAAGGAGUCAGCACUUGCAUAUCUGGCAACCGUUUCGAAUCGCGAAGGUGCCCCGGAAGGUGACCCCAGCACACACCUCAAUGUUGGGGAGCAGGCGCCUGAAGACUUCCACGAUAUCCCAUUCGACGAGUGGCUAGACAUCUUCUGCCGCUACGCCUUGCUAGUUGCGAAAUACGGCAAGAACAAUCGGUGUUGGACAGUCAUCCAAGCAGCUGCCAACGCAAACAUUUUCCACCACAGCAGCCAACGCGAGCAUCACAUUUACGUCUGCUGGCUGGCGUGCGCUCUGAUCCUACGAGAUGAAGAACAUCUCUGCAACGCCUGCCGCUACCUCAUCAAGCAACAUCCGUAUGCCAACGACGCCUAUCGACUUUUUGGCCUGAUAAACCGUCUGUACUCCGGCCAUCGAUCUUGGUACAAUGGAGGGCCAUCUCAGAAAUUCGUUCUCCGCCUCAUCAAAGCAAUGGAUUUUGCGCUGCUCGACAAGGAUGCCCGCCUCAUGUACAAGUUCGGUGAUCAAGAGCGCUCCGGAUAUACUAGAGGCGGUCAAAAUGACGGCAAUCCGGAAGGGAUCACAGAUGUCAACGUUGCUCUCCUUUCCAUGUACGGACACGUGCUCGCAAGCGGCGGGGCGUAUCUCAACGCGCUAAACUACUUCUUCCGAGCAUAUAGCGUGGAGCCGAAUGACGCCGUCCUCAAUUUCUCCAUUGCGAUAGCAUACAUGCAGCAUGCGAUGAAGCGGCAGUCGGAGAAUCGGCAGUAUCAGAUCCAGCAGGGGCUGGCCUUUCUGCAUCGCUAUUAUGAGCUACGCAGCAAGUCGGGCAUUGCUUUACAACUUCAAGAAGCGGAGUUCAAUGUAGCACGCAUCUGGCACAUGCUCGGUCUCUAUCAUUUAGCACUACCAGCAUAUGAGCGCGUGCUAGCUCUUGAGCGGCGGGUGAGUGCCGAGAAUGCCAAGGGUGGAUUGAUUGCAGUCGAGGACUUCUCGAAGGAUGCUGCGUUUGCGAUCCAGAUGAUCCUAGCUUUGACGGAGGACUUUCAGGGAGCCAGAAGCCUCACUGAAGAAUGGCUAGUAAUAUAG